ACUAGUGGUGGCACUUCGGGAUGUCUGGAUAUACCGAUCUUUAAAAUACAAUAUAUUUGUUUUAGUGCUGUACUUUACUGCACUUAUCAAGUUACUUUAUUUCCCACUGCAUACAGCGAUUUACUUCUGUUGUCAUCCGGACUGGUCUGAAUUACGUUUAUGAAAGGCUACCUAGGAAAACGCAAUCUGCCAUCGCUAUACUGUGCUCGCUCCUCCCACCCCCAGUCAUUUCCUGCCUUGAGAGCAGUUCAACUACAUUACAGCGAAACAUCGUGUGGGUUAACCGGCUUGUGUGCAGGGGUAAUAAAUUAAACUCUAAUAAGCGUGAUAGAAAACUUACAAUGAAAAUGCAGAAGCCGUUGAUUCAAUUCGCCUUCCCCGCUGUUCUGUUUUCUCUUCUGGUUGCAUGUGUCGAUGUAGCCGCCGAUGAAGGACUUUCAAAAGGGUUUGGCGAUCACAUUCACUGGAGGACUUUUGAAGAUGGAAAAAAAGAGGCAGAAGCCAGUGGUUUGCCGUUGAUGGUUAUCAUCCACAAGUCCUGGUGUGGAGCCUGUAAAGCCCUCAAGCCGAAGUUUGCAGAGUCUCAGGAGAUCUCUGAACUGGCCCACAACUUUAUCAUGGUAAACGUAGAGGAUGAUGAAGAGCCCAAAGACCAAGGCUUCAGUCCUGAUGGGGGCUACAUUCCUAGAAUUCUCUUCCUAGAUCCCACUGGUAAAGUGCACCCUGAGAUCACCAACAAGAAUGGAAACCCCAAUUACAAGUACUUCUACAGCAGUGCAGAUCAAGUUGUGUCAGGGAUGAAGGAAGCCCAGGAGAAACUGACAGGAGAUGCCUUCAAGCAGUCGCACAUGGCUGAUGAGCUCUAAACCUGCUCCCUGGACCACACCGAACAGAGGCGACACUGCAGACACCAGAAACCACAGCUCACUCUCCCACCCUCGCAAGACGCUGAACUCCCUCCUGUGGAGAUUAGGAAUGUAAUUCAAACCCAGGACACAUCAACUGACCGACAGACAGGGAAUAAUGGUGUAAAAACAACUAGUAAUACGAUUCUGUUUAUAGCACACUGGCAAAUGCAUAUCAAGUGUUCAUACAGGAAAUGUGGUAUGCAAAUCAGAGCCAGAAGUGAACUAUUUGUAUAUUGGGUUUUAGGUUUGUUCCGUAUUUUAAACAGGGCUUAAAUAGGUUCCUAACUCCACAUACAGUUUAAAUUCAAUUUGCUAGACUUCAUGCUAGAGGUCCUAUUGUAACUUGCCACAGCUCAGGGCCCGCCCCCUGUGUUUACCCAGCAAAAAGCAUCUCGAUCCACACCAGGGGGCAGUUGGUGUGUUUUCUUCCUUGCAUUGAUAUUUUUCAGACAGCUGCAUUCUACAACUGUUAUUCCUCUUUCUGGCUUCUCUUAUUAGUGAGUGUUUUAAACUGAAGGAUGAACUAUGGCUGUUAAACUGUUGCAACCUUUCCAGCUAGGUUGAUAUUGGUAUCAACACUUUAAACUACACACUGUAAAACCAAAUGAGUUUAAGAGUUGGGCACAAAUCUUAUGCAAUAUAUUUUUGGUUUUAGGAUGAACUUUAGAUGCACAAAAAAAAACCCUUAACCUAAAUAAACAUUGCAGUGCAAAGUAUAUGAAGAUUUAAAUGUGUUUAGGAUUUGUUGCAUGGGAUUUGUGUUUAAUUCUUAAAUGCUGGUUUACAGUGUAGAGUCCUUAAUUUUGUAUCUGCCCCUCUGCAUUGUGAAUCAUGUUAAUAAUACUGUAACCUAUAACUAAUGUACAAUUUUAAUAAUAUGUAGAGAAUGCUAGGGGUGUGCUGAUACUCCUCCAUGUAGUUGCCUUUAUAAUAAUGUGUCUUACUG